UCCGUGUUUGUUUACGGUAAAGAUGCGGGUCUUGGCACGGAUCGGCUACAUCACACAGGCCGGGGUGAUGGCACAGGGGGUGCGGAAAACAAUCGGAUUCCAAGGGAUUUAAUUGAUUAUCGCACAGGUAUUGUUCACUUCGCACAGGGAUGUGCUGAGACCCCGGUACCUUCGGCGAGGUUGGGUGAUACCGUGUUAUCCAGCUUUUGUCACGAAUCGCUGCUGUACCAAGUUGCGUAGCUUGUAUCAGGGGCUCCACUGCUGUACUUUGGCAUCGUAACGUUGCUCAUGUGCAGCUGGUGUUAUUCAACAUUGUCACUUUCGUCGGAAUCGGCACACGGAUUCUACUCAAUCAACCAACGCGUACAAACCACACGAGACCAAACGACCACAACCAACUACGGUACUGCGAAAAAUACAGACUCCACGCUUGCUACCUCUGGUAUCGUAGCAAACGUGUUGCUUGUGUGUGGUGCGUGCGUGAGCACAGACCUCUGCAUUGGGGGAUUUCAAUUUAGACUAAUUCCCCCCUCGCCGCCUCGGGUUUUGUUUCGCCGCAUAUGUGUGGUGUGAUUGGGGUGCUGAUAUGCUGGUGUGCUUAUGUGUUGUGUCUGUGUUCGUGAUGUUGUGGUCCUGAUGCUGCAAUACCUGCACAAGAACACGAAGUGCUGGUGUAUGUCUGCUGUGAUUUGUUCAGGAUUGCACACAUCGGAGUCUUGGCACGGGGGUGCCCGUUCAAAACACCCCAUUCGCCGCUUUGUACUUUUCAGAAUCGCACGGAUCGGAGUCAUCGCACGGGGGUGUGCGUUGUAUUUUCAGGACCAACCAUUCGAUUAAUGCCCCGCACAGGUCUCGGGUACAUGGCACGUAUCGGCGUCUUGGCACCCGUGUGCGAUAGAAAAACCGAGAAUAAAAAGACGAUCGCACAGUGUGCCGAGACCCGCAUCCUUACGGUAUACCUCUUUAUUUCCAUUGGACGAUUGUUACCCCUGAAGGUGAUCCUGUCCACCCACGCUGUUGUGGCCAACGGGGGCAUGAUCACUCUCAACGGCAGCCACGCGGUGGCUCUGGCGGCGCACGACCUCUCCGUGCCUGUCGUGUGCUUCACCGGGCUGUCAAGGACAAGGACAGCAUGAAGAACGUCAAGGUGAGCAUGCCAUACACCACGCCCCCUAAGGCCCUCAGCCAUGCCGGUAUUUGUGUGUACAUCUGUAGCUCAAUCGGGAGAACCUGGAUGAUGCUAUUGGAGGCCGUGAUGUACCGCGAAAUGUUUGACAGGAACGUGGCCUAUUGCUUCAGUGCCGCGUUCACUAUCGUGUCGCGUGGAGUUUGAUAGUAUUCUGCGGUACCUGCUCAAUAUUUUCUAAGACCGCUCGCGCGCUAGACU